AUGGCUUCCGCGACCUUGCGGCCGGAGAGGCCGCCAGAUGCUUUCAUGCCAAGGCGAAAACCAGUAUCAAAUCCAAAUUUACGACAAACUGCAAACUCUCAAAUUCCAGGGGCAUUGGCGCAUGCAAGGACCUCCCCGGCUCUAGUACCUCCGUCACUAGAACCUCCAUCUUAUAGCGAUCUCUAUGGACCAAGACCGAGGACUUCAAGUUCUCGUCCUACAAGUCCGCUUCCAAGACCACGAACUGCUUGUGAAGCAUCGACCUCACCAGCAGCAAAGCCACAGCCAACUUCUGUUCAGAAAGUAUAUGGCGAGGCACGUCAUUUUCUUGGUGGCUUAAUCAACCAUCCAACUGAGUCCAAUAAACAUGUGACAAUUCUGCGCCAUUCUCAUGGCUUGGUGUUCUAUCGUGGAGAAACAACUUCGGUCGCUAUAUCGAUCUUCUCUGAUGCCCCUUUACCUCCGGAUCGCACCUUAUGGUUGCAAAGCAAAGGGUGGUCGGGAAAGACCGGAAUGCGUGCAAAGGCACUUCUACAUUUACGUGAUAGCUGGAUCGAUGUCACGCCGACAAUGCCAUUACAUGCAGAUCAAAUAAAUCCAGAUGAUGAACGAGCUUGGCAACGCGAUAUCAAAAAGUUUCGCAAGAAAGCUCCCAAGCGCCCACGAGAAACUCAUAUACUACGACAGACAACUGUUCUGCGCAUUCCUGCUGAGUCCGGGGAUGGUUACUUCCAGCUUGUCCUAUGUCAGGGUCCCAAGAAAAAGGUUCUUGGUAACAGUCCUGUUUUCCGAGUUCUAUCGACAUCUACAAGUCCCAGUUCCCUUCGAGGAGCUAGUCUGAGUACAUUGCCUCUGGAACUUGGCGCCAUGAUUGCCAGCCUUUAUGCACAGACAGCUGCGCAGGCUGUGGUGUCGCCGGUUUCGUCAGCUGUGCAGGCCAAGGUGGACCCUUAUCGUCCAUCAUGGUUAACUCAGACUGCAGCACAGACGGCAUAUUCUGCCAGCGGUGCACAGGACAAAGUUAGCGGUAUUGUCGAUGACCUUGGUAGUUCUCGUAAGAAGACUGCAACUACUGAGGAAUCCAGCCCAAGGCAAUUCGAAAAUGGAAUACCUCCUAUUGAACUUGGACCCCAGCCUCCAUUCCCGAUGGUUUUCAAGGCUCGAUGUGAACCUGAUCAAUCUUCGCAAUCUCAUAACUCUAGCGAGAGUCAAUUCAUCGCACUAAAUAAGGUACCUGACUGGGUCCCGCGGCGAUUACGCGGAUAUUUCUUUGGUUGGACUCGGUUCGACAUUGGUACAGAAAAAGACCCCACUACCGGUCCAUGGUGUCCUGUCGUACUUUCUGUUCGCGCGAUAGAUCCUUUACAGGCAGCUCGUAUCGAUAUGAGUCAACUUGCCAAACUUAGUGUGAAAUUGCGCCUCCUGGAUGAGGUCCCUCUUCAAACAUCGAGACUCGAAGUUCGCGUUAUGGGAUUUCUCCGAGCGGAGAUUCCACCUCCAGUUGGCAAAACGAGUCAGGAAUUAGCCGAUGCGCGGGCCACUGCAGCGGAGGCUGCUGUUCUGGCUGAUGCCUAUGAUGAAUCUGUCGUUCAGUAUACACUGGCUCAUACCGCCUGGGCUCCGGAUUUGCAGAGUUCAAGCCCAACCCCAGUUGAGAUACCGCGACAGAACACGGGCUGGAUGGAUCGAGCUAAGGAGGGAUAUGCUGAUAUGCAAAGCCGGGGUCAGAAAUGGGUGGGCAAAGUACCAUUCCAUCGACUUGGUGUUCGUUCGGGGACGCAUCAAGACAGAGAGAAGCAGAUUGCCCUGAAUGGAUUCUUCAUUGUCAGGUAA